CGUCAUCGUUUCGUUUUAUUUUCGGCUGUUACAAACUCCAGAGAUGGUGUACAGCGACUCGCCUGCCUUUGGAGGCGUUGGUUUCUGUUUCUGUCUAUCUUACGUACUAUCUCCGCCCUCAAGGGAGAGACUUCUCCGUUUACCGAGCACCUUUUUUCACGCACUGCCGUUAGAUCAAAAUUAGGUGUGACGGACUGCAAGAGCGCAAAGGACAACGCUUCAAUUUGGCACCGGACCCCCCCCCUCCUCCUCUCUCUCUCGUUAUGAAUUUCUGGAUUAAGGGGACGUCGUUAUGCCACGCAGGGUGAACUACAGACGCUUUCCAAGAUAAAAUCACCGGAGCUAGAAGCAAAGGAGCACGUCAAAAAAUGUGCAUGAAUCAGAUAAUGCUCAGAUGCCGCUGCACAUUUUCGGGAUUUCGCCUGUAAAUACCUCUGGGAUGUUUAUUUUUAUGCUUUUGUGGUUUUAGUGCGCGCAAUGUGCAGUAGGUUCGUGUGCUGCUCAGAGUUGGCAUAGCCCACCUUGAUAAUUAUCCUCAUUUUAAUAUCAGUAAUCGGCAUGAUUAAUGUGCAGCGUGCUGUACUUGUAACCAUACAGAAUCCGUGUUGUGUCGUGUUUUUAAAUGUAAAUAUAAGUGACAAAUGAAGAACUAAUUGGGUCUGUGGAUCGGUAGACCAAACGCGCUAACAGGAGUUCAUAUUAUUCCCAGAUAAUAAAGCGACGCAGGGGCUGUUUGAAGUCACAUGUGCCCAGAACAAACAAUUAAGAUGACAAAAACCGUCCUCAGAAGAGAUUCUCUUUAUUACCGAGGAAGCUGCAUUGGGAUCACAUCUCAGUUCCUGGAUUGCAAUAGAGUUGGAAGACAGGGAGCAGAGGAAGAAGAGAGGGAGGAGAAGCAGAGGAGAGCUGCUGAGCUGCACAACAGAGCCACUGCUGAUAGACAAGCUUUGGCUUCAGUGAUGGACUGAGCUGAAGGUGUCGGGACCCCUGUGACAGCCAGCUUCACUGCUUCCCUCAAGAGGCCUUCACGCUUGACAAAAGGCAUGCAUGGACACACUGCAGCAUAGGUGAGAACACAAGGAGUUGCCCACGUUUGAACACAACAAAUUGGCCCUAAUGAUUGAAAUACAACUAUCUCUCAAAGAGGACAACACUGGCCUUUCAUUUGGAAACCGUCUCUCAGGUCUGCAUAAACUGAUUUUACCUUUGUCCCAAAAAGCAAGUAAACCUGGAACCUCAGCCCCUUCCCAAGUGCCCUGGAAACCCACCGGAUUCAGUCCGCAACCACAGAUGUAACUAAGCUGUCAGGAUUUCGUCACCAGGAAGUCCUGUGUUUUUGGGUGUCUUUCUGAGCCUUUUUUUUUAAAGGUGAUGCACUGCAGGCCGAAUGACCUCUGACGACACAGUGAUGAGUUCAGUGAAAGUGGGACAUCAGCACACAGCGAACAAGGAAUAGAAAACAUGGGGAUUAAAGCACUGAUGUGUCGCUGCAUGGACACAUCUUCAAAGACGUGGCUGCCGCAUCAGAGUCAGUUUGGGUUGGUUGGUCAAGCAGAGGUUUGCUGUGGCGGACCUGGAGUUUUAACCCCAAACCAAUCUCGCAGGGCAAGUUUUGCCUCUGUAAGACAGUCAAGCAUGGAGACCCCUCCCAAUGCCACCCCACAGCCCUUCAGACAGCCGAGUUUUCUCAAUCGAAGGUUGAAGGGUUCCAUCAAGAGGGCCAAAAGUCAGCCCAAACUGGACCGAACCAGCAGCUUCAGACAAAUGAUUUUGCCCCGGUUUCGUAGUGCUGACCAAGAGAGGACACGAUUGAUGCAGAGCUUCAAAGAAUCCCACUCCCAUGAAUCCCUACUUUCUCCUAGCAGUGCAGCGGAGGCUUUGGACCUAGUUUUGGAUGAAGAUGCCAUAAUUAAACCUGUCCACUCUAGCAUUUUAGGACAAGAGUACUGCUUUGAGGUGACCACCAAUUCAGGGACAAAAUGUUUUGCUUGUCGUUCAGCUUCUGAGAGAGACAAGUGGAUUGAAAAUCUGCAACGAGCUGUCAAACCUAACAAGGACAACAGCAGACGAGUGGACAAUGUGCUCAAGUUGUGGAUCAUUGAAGCUCGAGACCUUCCAGCUAAGAAACGCUACUAUUGUGAGCUGUGUCUGGAUGACAUGCUGUACGCACGCACCACCAGCAAACCCCGGACCGACACCGUCUUCUGGGGCGAGCAUUUUGAAUUCAACAAUUUGCCUACCAUUCGUAGCCUUCGUUUGCACCUCUACAAGGAAACUGACAAAAAAAGACGCAAGGAGAAAAGCACAUAUCUUGGCCUUGUCAGCAUCCCCAUCUCCAGCAUCACGGGCCGGCAGUUUGUGGAGCAGUGGUACCCGGUGAUACAGUCCAGUGUCUUGUCCAAAAGCGGCGGUGUUGGAAGUGCCAAAGUGAUCAACGCCUCACUACGUGUCAAGUCUCGCUACCAGACAAUGAACAUCCUCCCGAUGGAGCUGUACAAGGAGUUUGCCGAGUACAUUACCAACAACUACCGAACACUGUGUGCAGUCCUGGAGCCGCUGUUGAGUGUGAAAAGCAAAGAGGAGGUUGCGUUUGCUCUGGUGCACAUCCUUCAAAGCACAGGGAAAACAAAGGAGUUCCUGUCUGACAUGGCGAUGUGUGAGGUGGAUCGAUUCAUGGAUCGUGAGCACUUGAUCUUUCGUGAGAACACGCUAGCUACAAAAGCUGUGGAAGAGUACCUUAAACUGAUAGGUCACAGAUACCUCAAGGAUGCUAUAGGUGACUUCAUUCGAGCCUUAUAUGAGUCUGAGGAGAACUGUGAGGUGGAUCCCAUGCGUGUCCCACCGUCAGUCCUUGCCGACCAUCAAGCCAACCUUCGCAUGUGUUGCGAGCUGUUACUCUGCAAGAUUAUUAACUCUCUUUGCAUAUUUCCCCGGGAGCUAAAGGAAGUUUUCGCCUCGUGGAGAGCCAGAUGUGCUGAGCGUGGAAGAGAGGAUCUCGCCGACAGCCUCAUCAGCUCCUCCCUGUUUCUUCGCUUCAUGUGCCCGGCCAUCAUGUCCCCCUCCCUGUUCAACCUAAUGCAGGAGUACCCCGCCGAACGCACGUCCCGCACACUCACACUCAUAGCCAAGGUGAUGCAGAACCUGGCCAGCUUCAACAAAUUUGGACCCAAGGAAGAGUACAUGUAUUUCAUGAACGAGUUCCUGGAGAUGGAGUGGGGCUCCAUGCAGCAGUUUCUCUAUGAGAUUUCCAACAUGGACACUGGAGGAAAUGCUGGAGGGUUUGAGGGCUACAUUGACUUGGGCAGAGAGUUGUCCAUGCUCCACAGCUUACUGUGGGAAGUCAUGGGCCAGCUUAGCAAGGAUGCCAUUCUCAAACUCGGACCCCUACCACGGCUGCUGAAUGACAUCAGCGUCGCCCUGAGGAACCCGCAGCUCCACAUGCCCACAAAUCAGCAGCCAGACCGACCAAAGGACAGACUCUUCUCGCGACCAUCUUUCAAUCGUCUUAUGUCCUCUGACUUCCAAAGCCUUAUGAUGCGUGACUUAAACAGUUCAAUAGAUAUCUCUCGCCUGCCAUCCCCUACGACUGGAGUCUCAGCUGUAGAAUCCCUCUCAUCUAAUCUGAACAUGAGGCGUCAGGCAGAACGAGACCUCCGCUCGUCGUCGAGGGAAGUGUUCUACGUGACCCGCCCGCCGCUGGCUCGAUCCAGCCCCGCAUACUGCACGAGCAGCUCGGACAUCACUGAACCUGAUCCAAAGGUCCAUAGUGUGAAUAAAAGUGUGUCCAUGAUGGACCUUCAGGACUCCCGUAUGAACAGCAUUUCCAACCUGAACUCUGUGGGAGACAUGCUCACCUCCUCUCAAGCCUCCAUUGCCGGCCUGGGCCACAGCUUCGGGAACCUGUGUGGUCCUCUUCGUAUGGGAGGGCAUAUGCCAGCGGGCUCAUCGGGCUCCGGUUUGAGGCUGAGCCAGAUGGGCCACAUAGGGGGGCCCACCGAAUCCAUCUCUCAACAGCAGCAGCAGGCGGCAGCAGCCAUGCACUUCCCCCUGUCUUUCCAGAACCCGCUAUUCCAUCUGGCCGCCCAGAACUCCCCAGCUCAGUCUCAGUCUCAGCCUCACCCCCCUCCCCUCCUCCUUGCCCCCGAGCCCGAGAAUGGCCACCACGACUAUCAGCCAGCCUUUGCCAACAAUGCUUUCUCUCGCAGCGAGGACUUGUCCGGCCUGCGGUCACAGAGCAGUCUGGUGCAGCCGAGCAUUGUCCACUCACACAGCUACAGUGAUGAUUUCACCCGGCAGAAUCAGAGCAAUGACUACGCCUGGCACCAGCUGUCACUGCAGGUGCAGGAGUCUCUCCAGCAGCAGCACAUGAUGGGAGUUGCAUCUCAGACAACCACUGGGACGGGCACCCCUGCCUCUUUGGCCACACCACCUACUACAGUUCACCAUGCCCGCCAGACAUCCAUCGCCCCGCCCCAACACCUCAAGUCACAGCGGUCCAUUAACACUCCAGCCACCGCCACACCUCCGAAGGUUCGGCCGCAGAGCAGGAACCUCCUCCUCGACUCUUCUGACACAAACUUCAGUGGCAGUCAGCCGAAACAGCGCCAAAUUCAGCAGCCGCCGCAUCAGCAACAACAGCAACAACAUCAACAUCAGCAGCAACAACAUCAACAACAUCAGCAACAACAGCAACAACAUCAGCUGCAACAGCAACAACAUCAGCAGCAACAGCAGACGCAGCAGCAGCAACAACAGGACACACAGCUGUCGGUGACAGACAGUCCAGCUCCCGGACUCCCGUACCAGACGAGUUCUGCCAAAGAGAACCAGGGCCCGUCAGCUGCUGCAGAGGGGUCAACAGACACGCCCACAAAAAGUACCAAGAAGUCUCAACAGUCACAACUGCAGCCACCACAGCAGCAUCUGCUCAAACCAGGCAAUAAACAGGGUUCUCAGUCGACAUUGAACACCCCGGCCCUCAACGAACGGACGGUCGCCUGGGUGUCCAACAUGCCUCAUCUCUCUGCUGACAUUGAGAGCCUGCGGCCGGACCGUGAGGGCCAGCUGAAAGAGUACUCCAAGAGCAUGGAUGAGUCACGACUAGAGAGGGUAAAAGAGUACGAAGAAGAGAUACAUUCCUUGAAGGAACGGCUAAAGAUGUCUCAUCGCAAGCUUGAAGAAUAUGAGCAGAGACUUAUGUCACAGGAACAGCAGACAAGCAAGAUCCUAAUGCAGUAUCAGAACCGCCUGGAAGACAGUGAGCGCCGUCUAAAGCAGCAGCAAAUGGAGAAGGACUCUCAAAUCAAAGGCAUCAUCACCAGACUCAUGGCUGUGGAAGAUGAGCUGAGAGGGGGUGCCAUUCCUGAUAUUAAGCCUCGAAUCCUCACAGACCAGUCUAUCUGCCAGGGCUAUGGUGGCCACCCAGGAUCCUGACUGUCAAUUCCAAAGUGACCAGAGUUCAUGAUGGUCACUCGAGUAUGAGAAGACUGAUUGAGAUCCUCCUACAAAAACCCAUGAAGAGAAGCUCACUGGAGGCUUCAUCUCACAGCGUUCUUAAAAAAAACUUUGCACAUAUUCAAACUUUGCCUGUACCAGAACUUGACAAUCAGUUUAGCUUGAGGACCAAUGUGUGCAGUGAAUCGUCUGCACAUUUUGACUGAAAUAUAAGCCAAUGCCAAAACAAUGGCAAUACUGAACCUAAUGAGUUUCUUUAUUUAAUCGGAGGAAGCGAAAAACACUGGGGAUGAAGAUGGAUUCAUGAUUUUCCCAGCUACAAGCAGCACACUCGCUUCUCACUUAAGUGGCUGCAGACAAAAUGUUGUAAAGGCUUUUAAAAGCACAAUAUUCCCUCAUGGUGACGCCUGUGAUAAAUAACAAGCAUGUUGUUAAAUCAUUUGCCCUCUAUAAUCCUCGGAUACAGGGCCCAAGCAAGACCUAUAUUACUAUUUGAUUCUGAUUAAAUCAUUUAGUAGCAUAUUCUCACUACAAAGGUAUUUUUGCUUACAAAGGUGGUUAUCAUUAUGAUUUUUGCAUUCUUUUGCAUAUUUUAUAGGACAACCAUCCCAUCUGAAUAGAUGCCAAACAAAUCCUACAAUCAACUAAUUGCUUUAAAUACAAUCUAAAUCUUCUCGUUGGUUACGUUUGCCUUUAGCACACAGUGUAAGAACAACAGUCUCUUGACUUGCAGUGUAUAGAAGAAGUAUUUCUUAAAGCAACUAAACCUUUUUAAUAAUGGAAAUACUUUACAAUAAUCUGAGGUUAUAAUGUGUUUUGUUCACUUUGUAAUAAUAAUAAUAUUAAUCAUAAUAAAGAAUAUAUAUGACAUUUAAAAACAGUGAUACAAAGUGCUUCAUAUAUAAUAUAGACAGAAAGGCCUGACAUGAAAGAAAAAUGUAAGAAAAUAUUGAAUUUAAAGGGGCACUCCACCAAUUCUAUGCAGUAUAGGAGUACUUCUCAGCCUAUGGAAACAGUUUUAUAAUGUCUUCUGUGGCUCUGGAGGAGCUUUGAGAAAAUAAUAUCUCAGCUUGGGCUUGGAGACUCCAACGCAAAGUCUGCGUUACAAACUGGGGGUGUGGAGUUUGACAGACAUGGGCAUUAACCAGGCAGUAGGGGCUGGCGAAAAGAUGCAAUUGGUUGCAUCAUGGGAAAUGUAGGAUCCAGUAUUUUGGAGUUUGACCCAUGCUAGGGACUAAGGCCCCAUUUACAUUUCGUAUUAGCAUGUGAUCUGUAUCUCAGGCCUUUGCAUUUACACCUGGUAUUAAUCUCUGGAACUCAAUAUGCUGAUUAGUUAGCCAUGGACGGGUGUCAUUCAUUUCUAAAUCACGUUUUGCAAGGGAAGAGUUGUUAGCUACUGCUACUACUUGAAAUUUUGGCAAGCAGCUUAAGCUAGCAGGGAGAGUCAGAGUUAGUUGAACUCUCAAUCUGCUCUUCAGAUUUUUUUCUUAACAAUAUGGUCAUACUGUACGGAUGUGAUUUACACCUGGUUGAGAUCCUUUCACAGUGCAUUCUGCGUGCAUUUAAACGUUGCAUUUACAUGUGUUUUUCCUUAUCCAGUUAGGACGUCCAGAUACAGAUUGCAGGUUAAUUCCAGGUGUAAAUGGGGUCUAAGAGUCUGGAUAUCUCGGCCUCAGCUGCUUCGAUUUUGACCGUACUUUUUAUAAAGGCCUCCAACUUAAUGGAAGUGCAAUACUAAAUCACUGGAGUGCCCCUCCCCCUUUUAGGGAAAACAAACUACAUCUAUUUAACAACACCGGUUAUGUGAUCAGAAAUUUCUGAAAGAUGAUACUGAUAGCAACAGCAGGACUCCAGCUCAUCUUUAGUCUACAAUUUCUAAUGAAUGCUUGUCUCAUGGACAGUUACAUCUGAGAGACAGUGUUGGUCUAAAGCCAACAGCCUCAAAAGUAAUGAAUCAACCUGAAAAAUCUAAAAAAUUAUGGUCUGCCAUUUUCAUGAUUUAUCUUUUUAGCCUUUUCAUGUUUUGUUGUACAGCACUUUGUAACAUUGGUUUGAAAAGUGCUGUAUAAAUACAUUUUAAUAAUUAUGAUUAUAAACAUUAUGUGCAACUGGAAACAAAUCAUAUUAUAGCAAGUAGUGAAUUACUCAUCUGUUGUGUUGAAUGUUUCUGAAGCAUAGAUGUGCAACAGUUCUGCAUGUGCUUUUUAAAUGCGAGGACGAGCAAGUCAAUUUGUUGUCAGAUAUUCUAAUGUACAAAAAAAAAAACGUGGACAUGGCUUUCUCAUUGGAAGGCAUCUUUUUUUAUCCAACCUGCUGAUUCUUCUGUUUUUUGCAGAAGAGAGUGGCAUUCAGCCUUUUGCAUUAUACAACAUGGAAAUACUGAGAGAAAUGAACAGAAAUCGCAGACUAACAAAACGAGGAGAGACAGUGAAAACAACAGAACAAUAAAGAGUUUCCAAGCAGGGAUAUGUAGUAUAUGUGCAUAGGAUCUGACUGCCUUACAGUCUGUGCCACAGGGCCCAAAAUAACAAUGCCAAUACAAAAAAACUUGUAAACUUUGUAUAUUAAAUGUCCUUUUUUUUGUAGUCAGGUGAUGAAUUAAUAAGCAGUGUGUUGGUUAACUCUGUAUGUUAGUCAGAAUCAUUUAUAUUACAAAUUUCAUGGUUGAUAUAAUUUAUCUUAACCUCUUGCCUUUAAAAGGACAUUUUCUUUUCAAGAUAAAUAUCAAUGAUACAAAGUUAUAUGUUUAUGUUACCAGAAAUGUAUAAAAUAGCUUAAUGUAUAUCUAUUCUUAUAUGUAAAAUGUAUUCAAAUCAAGGGUAGGCCUUCAGGCAUGUUGAACUUGUGGUAAAAACUGAUUCUUAUAUUAUUAACUCUUAAUGCUGCAAUCCAGAAACUACAGUGCUAUGGUGUGACUGCGUUCAUGGGAUGAGAGCUGAAUAAUUUCCCAGCAUAGCACAUUUCUGUUCUGUUGUGGAAUAAUAAGACAAAUUCUUAAAAUAUCUCGCCUAUGUUUGUGUAACCAAAAUAGCAGUGGUGCUUUCAACAAUACUGGAUUGCAGUUUUAACUAAUCUUCUUUUGAAAUAUGCGUUUAUUUAUUUGGCCUGCAUUGCAAUUCAGUAUUAUGAAAUGUUAAUACUGCACUUCUGUUUUCAGUUUAUGAGAAGCUGCAAUCCAUAAUCUGAAAAAAAUGUUUAUAAAGACAUAAAAAUAUAUGAUGCCCAUGUAUUCUUGAAACACUCUCUGUAUUAGCUGCAGUGGUACAUACAGUGUGCUACCUCUGAAAUCAUGCCCUCAUCUCCCUUCUCUGUUGGAAUUAAGGAUCCUUAUUCUGCUUUAUACCACAACCUGACAGGAUACUUUAUUCCAUGUGGCUAGAAAACCUCCAUUUAUUUAAGACACAAUGCUAACAAAAUGUUAUAAUUUUCUCUCUAACCAAAUGCGAAGUCAGGCUUAAUUUUUGGUUGCUUGUUUAUUGCUGUUUUAGGAUUUCCUAUAUACACACACCUUUCACCAUCACAGGGUUUACUAUUGAAUUUAAGUGCCGUUACCAUUACAUUUAUACAAAUCUCCUUUUAAUCACAGGAUGAGAUUGAUCGUGUUCCAGGUAUCUGUCAGACUCUCAGGUGUUACAAGCAACACAGAGAUGCUAGCAAGAACUUUUGAUAUCAUCAAAUGCACAAAAAUAUUGAAACACAAUCUUUGGCAAGUGACAAUUGAAGCUAAAUACAACUCAAAAAGCACAUGAAAUGAGGGGUCUGUGCUGAGGCGACUACUCUGCUUUUAUUUUGGUUGGUUCCUGGCCCUCAUCUCAUCCAUAUAAAUAGUUUAAUUUACACCUUCUCUUUUUGUAUUAUAUGUUACAUAACAGGGAACAAGAGUUGCGUUUCUUGGUCCAAAUGAAAAACGUGAUGGAUGCCCUAGUGUAAUAAAACUUGGUGAGGAAUAUUAUUGAAGUUACUGUUGAAGAAGUGCUUUAUGUUUACAGAAUCACGACAUUUUAAAAGAUGUAUGAACCUUUGUUGACCUAAGGGAGAAUAACUGCCGCUAAUAAAUGAAAUGAGAUAUCUUGUAUAUUUUGAAUAAGGGUAUUUAACAUCUAACAACAUAUUUAUGUUUCUAAAAUGGAUGUAUAGCAUUUUGGAAUGAAACAAAGUAUUUUUCUUGGCAGCUAUCAUUCUGCACAAUUGAUCUACUGUGUCACAAAUAUAUAGUUGGUGGGAUUUCUGACUUGAAUUGGGCCUACUGGAUGUAAUACCUUAAUUUACUUGACAUUUCUUUUUAAAUAAGCCAUGCCCCAUGGAUAAGCCAUACCCUCCAGUCCCCUGAUGUUGUAUGGUGGAUGUUUAAUGUUGGUAGUUUUAUUUAUAAUGGUAGUUAUUGUAGGUAUGAUUGCGCUUGUAAUUAUUAUUAUUAUUAGUGUAAGUAUACUUGAUUGAUAUGAUUUGUUUUGUUUGAACAAAGGGAAUGUAUUCAUUUUUCAGGUGAUUUUUCCGAGUGAUUUAAAUAAACUAAUAAAUCCCUAA